GUCCGUAAUAAUUUCGGCAGAAACGUCUCAACUUUCCUUCCGUCUUGAUGUUACAAACAGACCUUGCUGCGGAGGGUAAAACAACAACAACAGACCAUAACACUACACCACCCCGGACCAAACGCUACACCUUCAACCGGAGUGUACCUAACCCGAAACCCUUUGACCGUUCCGUUUGCUGAUGGGCCGUUUGUUUUCAACAACAGCUGCAACGGUAGACCAUCCCCAAGGUUACCAGCUGGAGCUGUACUUAAAAGCUACAAUGCAAAAGGUUUGGAGCAUCAGUUGCGAAUGUGCCCAGCAAGAAGUGGCACCAGAGUGCAGUGAGGUGAAGUUCUGUGAACUGUGAUAGUGUUAAUAAGUUGUGUGUGAAACCCUGUGAAAGUUGUGGACAAUCAUUUCCAAAAUGUUGUUCCUCAACCGUUGGAGUAUAUCCUUGUUAGUUGUUCUACUAGCGUUGGACGCCGGAGUCGAUGCUUUCAAAUACUACAAGCGCAUGGGCCCACAUCGGUUCAGGCCCGUCUUUACUGGACCGAUCCGUGGAUCACGGUUUGGAUUUGUAAGAGCAGAGAACCCCAACGCCGAUGGGGCGAUGGACGCGCCCAAGUCGGGUGAGGAAAGCUCGGAAACGGUACCAGCGCAAGCGCCCGCAAUGAGCGACAUGGCAGUCCACGACCCGAAUGCACCUCAGAUGCGUGAAAUGGUUCACGAUAGUCCGCAUCCGGUCGAGAUCGAUAUGGGUCCGGGCAUGCAGGCACGCGUCAUGGGCUUCGAGGGUGAGCUGGAUGAGGGCAACUUUGGCCGAGCGGCAGAGGACGACGACAACGAGGAGGACGGUUCUUCCAAGUUCAGACACUUCAAGAAACACAAGAAACAUAAGCACGUCAUCCACACCCAUCAUCACUAUCACCACAAGAAGGGAUACGGUGGACAUGGAGGCGGCUACGGACACGGUGGAGGAUAUGGACACCAUGGACAUGGUCACGGAUACGGCAAGCAUGGGCACGGUGGUGGCCAUGGAUAUCACGACGACCAUGAUGGAGACGAUGAUUACGAGCCCACCUAUGGUCAUCACGGACGGUAUCGCCGUUCACCGAUGAGUGAGACGUCCGGGCUGAAGGACGGGGAGGAGACUCCGGUUGCUCAGGCUUUAGAUCGUAACGCGCCAACACAUUCAUCCCAGGACCAUCCUGCCCCGGACGAGCUAGGCAGCCCAACAUCGCCACUGGCCGAGCCCGGUGCACCCGUUUACCGACAGUCCGUCAGCCGAAGGCAGCUGGUGCGCACCAAGAACGAGCGACUGGCACAGAUUGGGCGAGAUCGAGCACAACGAGCGAACAGUCCCGGCGAACCGAUCGUUCGUGCCGUAAGAAAUUUGAUAUUCAACCGCAAUGAUCCGCGUAUGACGGAACCGUUCGGCGGACGGCAACCAGCGGCCAACGCGGGCACUAGGCGCAAACAGCGUCAGAAGCUGCGGCAGCGUAUCCAAGAUCCACAUGCGAAAACGCGCCCAAUCGAGGCGUUCCAAAAUGCGAUCAAAACCAUCCGUUACCGGAUGAUGACAACGACCACGCCCGCCCCGACGACAAUGGCCAGCAGGUGGAUGGGAGGCAGACGCAUAGGAGGACGCCCCAAGAAUAACCGUUCUCCGUCCGGUAUGGUAUCCGCGACCUUCCGGCCACCGGCUAGUGCUGCUACACCGGCCGCACCGCCUCCGCCUCCACCACCGCCAGCACCGAUCAACUGUGCCGAGUGUCGUCGAUUGUGCAAUCCCCGGGGACGGGCACGAUCGCGACCGCUCGGUGGACAGCGUCGCGGAGGACAAGCCAUGGUAGCGAGUGCUCCUGCCCCGGUCGAAGGGGACGUGGUUGCCAAUGCAGGUCCCGCCGAGGGGGGUUAUUGGUUGCCAAACCUUUUCAGCAAUUUGUUAAACGAACCGAUGGUUGGUAGCUCCGGCCCGGGCGGUGAAGGUUCCUAUCCAAUCGCAGGUAUUUUAGAUAGCUUGUUCUUCGAUGCACCCGGUGGCAAUGGAAUGGUAGCGGCGGCUCAAGAUCAAAACGGACCGUUGACAUCUUUUUGGUCGAACUUGUUCAGCAACAAUGACGACAGGGUGUCGGCAAAGCGAGACUAUGGGGACGAAAAUCUGCCGUACUGUGAGGAUGUAUAA